UUAUUCUUUUUUCCUUUUUUUCCUUCACACAGCGGAAGCAGCGAUUUAGGUGUCUUCGCUACUGCCUGAUCAGAAACAGGCUCGACAGCAGCGGAAGAGCCGUCCCCCUCCUGCCUUCACUACUGAGUCCCAGACCGGAUGAUGACUUUUAGUUUGUGCACGGUUUAGGUGCAGUUUUAGCGACCUUCCGCGCUGUCUAGUUUCUUUUUUAAACUGACAUGGAGUGUCGAGUGUUGUCCAUUCAGAGUCAUGUUGUUAGGGGAUACGUCGGGAAUAAGUCAGCAACGUUCCCCUUGCAGGUUCUUGGCUUCGAAGUGGACUCGAUCAACUCCGUGCAGUUCUCCAAUCACACAGGCUAUGAUCACUGGAAGGGCCAGGUCCUGACUGCAGAGGAGCUGAAUGUGCUGUAUGAAGGGAUCAAGCUCAACGCAGUGAACCGAUACGACUACAUUCUCACAGGGUAUAGCAGAGACACAUCGUUCUUGUCAACGGUGGUUGACAUUAUUCAGGAGCUUAAGAAUAUUAACCCCAAACUGGUUUAUGUUUGCGAUCCAGUGAUGGGAGACCAGGGUGCUAUGUACGUCCCAGAAAGUCUUCUUCCGGUCUACAGGGACAAAGUUGUUCCUUUGGCAGACAUUCUGACGCCUAACCAGUUUGAAGCUGAAUUAUUAACUGGGAGAAAGAUCAACACUGAGGAUGAUGCGGUUGAGGUGAUGGAGCUGCUGCAUAAAAUGGGACCACACACUGUUGUUCUCACCAGCACAGACCUUCCUUCCAAAAAUGGGGACCAGUUCCUAGUGGCACUUGGAAGCCAAAACAUAGAUGGGAAAAGUCAGAAAAUCCGCAUGGAAAUCCCAAAAGUGGAUGCUGUGUUUGUGGGUACUGGGGACUUGUUUGCUGCCAUGUUGCUGGCUUGGACUCAUCACCACCCCAAGGAUCUUAAGGCUGCCUGUGAAAAGACUGUUUCCGUCAUGCACCAUGUUAUCAAGAGGACCAUUUCUUACGCCAAGGACUUGUCUGGCCCAACUGAAAAGCCCAGCGCUGCACAUCUGGAGCUGCGGAUGGUUCAGAGCAAAGCAGACAUUGAGAAUCCUGCAAUCGUAUUGGAAGCUACGGUUCUAUGAACCCCAUCAUACACAUGAUCAAUACCCUAAAUGACAUCUCAGUUAGGGACGGGACCUAAAACCUUUUUUUAUUCAGAGAGGUUUUUGAUACUCUGCUUUAUUAAUGUGAACUAAUGUGAAUUUUUUUUUUUUUUUUUUUAAACUGCUUGUUUGGACUGUAAUAACGUUCCUCUAAGUAUGAAUGAA